CUCAAAACUCGUUUCAUGGAGUACAAAUGCUACGUACCGUCUAGUCCGUCACAGGCAACAAGAUUUUUUCGACUUAGAUUCCGUAUCACAGCGGUGAUUGGAUUGCUGAUCGGAAUCAUCACAGUGUUCUGGCAGAUACAGUCUCAUGUAGACAGGGAUCAGCCUGACGUUGAUAUGACUUUUGAACUUGAAAUUUGUUUUGGGAUUUACGGUUUUUUUCUAGCGAGUACGAGCUACUACCUCGGUGAAAUUCAAGCAAGUUCAUGGGCGCGAUUUCACAUCGUCAUCUCGUCUACUGGAAUUGUAUUAGAUCUUGUUCUUCUGGUUUACCAUGCUACUUCAUCAAUUCUAAGAGGCAGCUAUAUCAACCCUGGAAACAAUUUCUUUAUGAUUUCAAUAGCGACGUUACAAGCGGUCAACAACUCUGUUGCUAUAUUUCUCUGUCGGAAGCUCAUUGUUCAUGAACACAGAACACAAGAGCUUCGUUUUAAACGAGAAAUUUCACCCGAGCCUAACGAUGACGUGGAACACAGUAUUUUAUUGCUCAAAAAACCUGAAAAUGUUGAGUGAUGAAAAGAGAAACAAUUUAAACUGAAAGUUACCAAGUGC